CAGCGGUGCGGCUGGCGCAACGCAGACCGGCGGCCAUGGGCAGGAAGGAGCGGGGGGAGAAGAAGAAGUGCAAGAAGCGGCAUUGCGAUGAGGACGAAGACAAUGAAGAUGAAGCUCCCGGCAAGGAGUCGCAGGAGGCAGUGCCUUCCGCGGCGGGGAAGCAGGUGGAGGACAGCGGCACCAAGCUGGAUGAGUACGGGGCCAAGGACUACAAGCAUCUGAUGCCCCUGAAGGCCGACCACGCCUCGCGUCCGCUCUGGGUGGCUCCUGAUGGCCAUAUUUUCCUUGAAGCCUUCUCUCCACUUUACAAAUAUGCACAGGAUUUUUUGGUUGCCAUUGCCGAGCCUGUGUGCAGACCAGCCCACAUUCAUGAGUACAAGCUGACUGCUUACUCGCUGUAUGCUGCUGUUAGUGUUGGGCUGCAGACAAGCGACAUAAUAGAGUAUUUACAAAAACUGAGCAAGACGGGUGUCCCAGAUGGAAUAAUUCAGUUUAUCAAGCUGUGUACUGUCAGUUAUGGGAAGGUGAAGCUGGUACUGAAGCAUAACAGGUACUUUGUGGAAAGUACCUUCCCUGAUGUCAUUCAGCAGCUUCUCCAAGACCCAGUAAUUAAAGAGUGUCGCCUAAGAAUGAAGACUGAUGCUGAGGAUGAUGAAACAGAGUUCCUUACAGAGACAUUCACCAGUAAAUCAGCAAUUGCCAAAUCCAAAGAAAGCGGCUUUGGUCCAUCAACGUCACAGGAAACAGAUGCUCAGAAUAAGCCAGAUGUCCCAGCUGACUUAUUUGAGUUUUACGAACAGAUGGACAAAGAUGAGGAGGAGGAGGAGGAAACACAGACAGUGUCUGUUGAAGUCAAGCAGGAGAUGAUUGAAGAACUUCAGAAGCGUUGUAUCCAUUUGGAUUACCCCUUGCUGGCAGAAUAUGAUUUCAGAAAUGAUUCUGUGAAUCCUGAUAUUAAUAUAGAUCUGAAACCUACAGCUGUCCUCAGGCCCUAUCAAGAGAAAAGCCUAAGGAAGAUGUUUGGAAAUGGGCGAGCCAGAUCUGGUGUUAUUGUUUUGCCUUGUGGUGCUGGCAAGUCUUUAGUUGGUGUGACAGCUGCAUGUACUGUUCGCAAGCGAUGUCUGGUGCUUUGUAAUUCUGCAGUGUCUGUAGAGCAGUGGAAAGCCCAGUUCAAGAUGUGGUCCACCAUUGAUGACAGUCAGAUAUGUCGGUUCACUUCCGAUGCAAAGGACAAGCCCAUUGGCUGUUCAGUUGCUAUCAGCACAUAUUCCAUGUUGGGGCAUACGACAAAAAGAUCCUGGGAAGCAGAAAGAGUAAUGGAGUGGCUUAAAAGUCAGGAGUGGGGCCUUAUGAUACUUGAUGAAGUACAUACUAUCCCUGCAAAGAUGUUCAGACGUGUGCUCACUAUUGUGCAAGCCCAUUGUAAACUGGGGCUGACAGCUACUCUGGUCAGAGAAGAUGAUAAAAUUGUUGACCUGAACUUCCUGAUUGGACCAAAGCUCUAUGAAGCCAACUGGAUGGAGCUGCAGAACAACGGCUACAUUGCUAAAGUCCAGUGUGCUGAGGUUUGGUGCCCAAUGUCGCCUGAAUUUUAUAGAGAAUACAUAGCUAUCAAAACAAAGAAACGGAAACUGCUCUACACCAUGAAUCCAAAUAAAUUCAGAGCCUGUGAGUUCCUGAUUAAGUUUCACGAGCGACGGAAUGAUAAAAUCAUUGUAUUUUCUGACAAUGUCUUUGCACUGAAGGAGUAUGCAGUCAGACUUGGGAAACCCUAUAUAUAUGGUCCCACUACACAGGGAGAAAGAAUGCAAAUUCUACAAAACUUCAAGCACAAUCCAAAAAUCAACACUAUUUUCAUUUCCAAGGUAGGUGACACCUCCUUCGAUCUGCCGGAAGCCAAUGUUCUGAUUCAGAUUUCAUCCCAUGGUGGAUCUCGAAGACAGGAGGCUCAAAGACUGGGGCGAGUGCUGAGAGCCAAAAAAGGCAUGGUUGCAGAGGAAUACAAUGCCUUCUUUUAUUCUCUUGUAUCCCAAGACACUCAGGAAAUGGCAUAUUCAACAAAACGACAACGGUUUCUUGUAGAUCAAGGUUAUAGCUUCAAGGUAGUAACAAAGUUUGCAGGCAUGGAAGAAGAACAACUUUCAUUUUCAACCAAAGAAGAAGAGGAGCAGCUUCUGCAGAAAGUCCUGCAGGCAUCUGACCUGGAUGCUGAAGAGGAAGUAGUUGCUGGAGAAUAUGGUUCAAAGUCAACUCAGGUGUCACGUCGUACGGGCACAAUGAGCUCUAUGUCAGGAGCAGACGAUACAGUUUACAUGGAAUACCACUCUUCACGGAAUAAGGCAUCUGGAAAUAAACAUAUCCACCCGCUAUUCAAACGCUUCCGGAAAUGAUGUCCUUCAAGCGUGCAUUCAAAACUGCGGAUCAACACACUGGCUGCCAGAACUAAGAACAUGGACUAAAGAUUUCUUUUAUAUACAUCUGUAUAGGCACAACAGAAUCUUACCAUGGGAAAGAUACUAUCCAGUGACUGG